CCUAAAAGUGAUGCAUCUUUCCGCGAAUUAUCCCGGAUCUUUAUUUCGCCGUGUCCCGUUUCUACCCGGACGUUGUUUUAAGUUGAACCCGUACGUACGUUCUCUUGGAUUCUUCAUAUUGUUUGCGCUAUAAAGUAACGUGCCGCUCUUAUACGCUUGCUGCUUACGCUCUUUACGUAAAGACUGUCAGCAUGAAUGCCAUGGAGAACGGCGCGGAGAGCUGCAGCCGGGAGCGAACUCGGCGGUACCUGGAGGGGCUGCAGCUGAUGAAGCAGGGGGCCGAGGCGCGGGUGUACCGGGGAAGCUUUCUGGGGAAGGCGGCUGUGGUGAAGGAAAGAUUCCCUAAGUCGUACAGACAUCCCGCGCUGGAUGAGAAGCUGACACACAGGCGCACGGCGCAGGAGGUGCGCUCCAUCCUCCGGUGCAGGAAGGCAGGUAUCGCCGCCCCUGUGGUCUACUUUGUUGAUUACGUUUCUAACUGCAUCUACAUGGAGGAUAUAGAGGGGUCGCUCACUGUCCGGGACUUCAUAAUGAAUGCACGAGAACAUGGGGGCAUCCUCUGUAGCCUGGCGGAAAGGAUCGGUCAGGUAUUGGCACGGAUGCACGAUGAGGAUGUAGUCCACGGUGACCUGACCACCUCUAACAUUCUCCUGCGGCCGCCACAUUCCGACCUGAACCUGGUACUGAUUGAUUUCGGACUGAGUUUCACCUCUGCUCUUCCAGAAGAUAAAGGCGUUGACCUCUAUGUCCUGGAAAAGGCUUUUCUCAGCACUCACCCCAAGACAGAGGACGUCUUUGGGAUCCUACUCAAGAGCUACACUGCCACCUCCAAGAAAUCCGGCCCCGUCAUCAAGAAACUGGACGAGGUCAGGCUUAGGGGCAGAAAAAGGUCCAUGGUGGGGUAGAUGAGAAAUCAACGUUUAACCCUUCAGGGACCGCUCUGGACUCUCUGACAUUUUGUGUAUAAUGUAAAAAACGCUAUUAAAUCUUGGUAAUUUUUACGCUACAAAUAUAUGUAUCUCCAAAAAAGAAUAACGC